AUCCGCAGCUGUUAGCUUCAACAUACACAGGUACACUUGUGCACGACGGCUCGCACUACUGCGUUUUAGCAAGCAUUGCACUUUGCACCGCCCGCCCGCUCGCUCGUUGGUCUCGCGCGGGGAAUCCUAGCAAUGGCCUCCUCCUCGCUCUGUGGCUACCUCGUGUUGGCCGUCCUCGUCGUGCUCACGGCCAGCUGCCGUGCCAGGGACACCUUCGCGCCCGGCCGCCCGCUCGCCACGAACGAGACGCUGGUCUCGGGCGGCGACGCUAACUUCGUGCUCGGCUUCUUCACUCCGCCGGGAGCCAACAACACCUAUGUCGGCGUCUGGUACAACAAGGUCUCCGUCCGCACGGUCGUCUGGGUGGCCAACCGCGAGGACCCGCUCCCCGGCGACGUCGCGGACAACCCGGGCGCCACGCUCUCCGUCUCACCUUCCGGCACGCUCGUCAUUGCCGCCGGGAACUCGACCGUCGUGUGGUCUUUCACGCCGGCAACCAAGCUGGCGAGCCCAAUGGCACGGAUCCUGGACAACGGCAACCUGGUGCUCGCGGACGCCGGCGGCGCGGUGGCGUGGCAGGGUUUCGACUACCCGACCGACACGCUGCUCCCGGAGAUGAAGCUGGGCAUCGACUACGUCAAGGGGAGGAACAGGACGCUGACGGCGUGGAAGAGCCCCUCCGACCCCUCGCCGGGGCCCGUCGUGAUGGCCAUGGACACGUCCGGCGACCCCCAGGUAUUCAUCUGGAACGGCGCCGAGAAGGUCUGGCGCUCCGGCCCCUGGGACGGCGUCCAGUUCACCGGCGUCCCGGACACCGUCACCUACUCCGGCUUCACCUUCAGCUUCAUCAACAACGCGAAGGAAGUCACGUACAGCUUCCAGGUACACAACGUGUCCAUCAUAUCGAGGCUGGGGCUGAACAGCACGGGGAACUACGGGCUGCUGCAGCGGUCGACGUGGGUGGAGGCGGCCGGGGCGUGGAACCUGUACUGGUACGCGCCCAAGGACCAGUGCGACGCGGUGUCCCCGUGCGGGACCAACGGCGUGUGCGACACCAACAACGUGCCCGUCUGCUCCUGCCUGCGCGGCUUCACGCCCAAGUCGCCGGAGGCGUGGGCGCUGCGGGACGGCCGCGACGGGUGCCUGCGGUCGACGCCGCUCGACUGCAAGAACGGCACCGACGGCUUCGUCGCCGUGAAGCACGCCAAGGUGCCCGACACGGAGCAUUGGAAUUUAACAAGAAAGUCUAACAAGGCACGUACAAUAAUCGCCGUUGUCAUCAGCGUAUCAUCUGUGGCAUUUCUUUCAGCACUUGCUGGCUUUCUCGUCUGGACUGGAAAGAAGAGGAGAGCAAGAAAAACCGGAUCAAGCAAAUGGAGCGGUGGUUCACGCAGUACUGGUCGCCGCUAUGAGGGAAGUAGAAGAAGUCAUCACGAUGAUGACCUGGAACUUCCAGUCUUUGAUCUGGGGACAAUCGCAGCUGCUACCGAUGGUUUCUCAAUCAACAACAAGCUCGGCGAGGGUGGCUUCGGUCCAGUGUACAAGGGUAAGCUCGAUGAUGGACAAGAAAUAGCAGUUAAAACACUGUCCAAAACAUCCGUACAAGGUCUUGAGGAAUUCAAGAAUGAGGUCCUUCUGAUAGCUAAACUUCAACAUCGGAAUCUUGUUCGGCUUCUUGGCUUCAGCAUUAGUGGACAAGAAAGGAUACUUGUAUACGAAUACAUGGCAAACAAGAGCCUGGACUACUUUCUAUUCGAAAAAUCCAACAGUGUCCUGCUUGAUUGGCAAGUGCGAUACCGUAUAAUAGAAGGCAUUACUAGAGGUUUACUAUAUCUUCACCAGGAUUCAAGAUAUAGAAUCAUCCAUAGAGACCUGAAGGCAAGCAACGUUCUUCUUGACAAGGAGAUGACUCCCAAAAUUUCUGACUUUGGCAUGGCAAGAAUGUUUGGUAGUGAAGAGACAGAAAUCAAUACAAGAAAAGUGGUUGGCACAUAUGGCUAUAUGUCUCCAGAAUAUGCAAUGGAUGGAGUUUUCUCUGUCAAGUCAGAUGUAUUCAGUUUUGGAGUUUUACUGCUGGAAAUAAUUAGCGGCAGGAGAAACAGAGGGGUGUAUUCCUAUUCAAACCACCUAAAUCUUUUGGGACACGUGAGCUCAAAUCAUCUACCACAUGCUUAUAUGCAAGUUGUAUAUCUCAGUUGAAUUUCAAGGUAACAAAAACAUAUUUUUCCUCUUGGGCAUGGAGCUUAUGGAAUGAAGGGAAAAGCUUGGAGUUAGCAGAUGAAACAAUGAAUAACUCGUUUGACUCGGAUGAAGUACUCAAAUGCAUCACAGUGGGACUCCUAUGUGUGCAAGAGAACCCAGAUGACCGUCCAUUGAUGUCUCAGGUGCUUCUGAUGUUAGCAACUACAGAUGCUACCACAUUGCCAACUCCUAAACAGCCUGGCUUUGCAGCUAGAAGAAUUCUAAUGGAAACAGACACAUCAUCAAGCAAACCAGACUGCAGCAUAUUUGACAGUGCAACAGUUACUAUACU